AUGAUCAAGAUACGCCUUGCCAAGGCCUUCUAUUCCCUUCCAUGGUAUCAUGUCGGAGUCGUUCAGAAUCGGCUGAUAGUUAUUCAACAGAUGCUAGUUUUACUACAGCUUGGAGUUCUAUACCUAGUUGAGAAGCUGUUGAUAGAUAUAAAGAGGGAUAGGGUGGCUAAGGCUGGUAAUACUAAGAGGAUAGGGUGCCUUGCAUACAAGAGACAGAUGAAGGCUAAUUCGGAGUGUAUACACAUGAUGGAGGAACGAGUGGCUUCUAUGAAGGAGGUUAGAAGAGCAUUGGAUAAGAAUGGAGAUGGUUGGGUAUUACAGAGAGAUGGAGAGGGUAUUCGAACGUACUAUAAACAUAAUAAGGAUACUCCUAGUGUCCAUUCUUUUCGGAUACAAGGAAUUAUAGACUGUCCUUUUUUUGACCUUAUGGCCUUACUUAGUGAAGUUGACUUCUAUAAAGACUGGAUACCUAGCUAUAAGUUCCUAGGCAUCAGAGAUUCCAAAAGAAUAGCAGAGCCAAGAGCUACUCAGAUGUUACUCCAUAUUGUAGCUGCCUUACCAUGGCCAUUCCAUAAUAGAGACCUUGUCAUAUCAGUUGAUGGUAUAGAUUGCAUCGGCCCUUAUGAAGACCCUAGGCAGAUAGUGAUCCUACUCAAGUCUGAGUCUGGCACCUCAUAUGAACCCUACGUAUCAGCUUCGGAUAUGCCUAUUCCUGCUAGAGGAUCCACUACUUGUGAUAUACUUAAGAACAGUGGAGCGACCCUGACACCUAUGGAAGAUGGCAAAACCUUCCUCCAAAUAGUAAUGCAUAUUGAUCCCCAUAUAUCAUGUGUUCCUAAUUGGCUCAUCGAUAUGGCAGCUAGACACUUCUGUUACCUUAUGCUCAAACAGGUUGGUCCUCCUGCUGCUGCUGCUAGUCUUUGGACAACUCCUUUGUGA